AUGCAUUACAGCCUUAUCCUCAGCUCUUUUCUCGCACUGGUCGUCGCGCACCCUGUACCCGACCCCGUGACCAUCUUUAGUCGAGCCCCAACACCUGGAACAGUCUACACAAAAUGUAGCACUCCAAACACUCUUGCUCUGGCAUAUGACGAUGGACCUUAUCAGUAUACGCAGAGCCUGGUGACUAAACUGAACCAGGCCGGAGUCAAGGGGACUUUCUUCUUCACUGGAACACUUUACGGGUGCAUCUACAAUCAGGCGGCGGCAGUCAAGGCUGCUUACGACGGUGGGCACCAAGUGGCCUCGCACACGUGGACACAUGGCCAUGUUGGCUCGAUGUCCUCCUCCCAGCUUACUACGGAGAUGACCAAGCUGGAGCAGGCCUUUGUCAACAUCUUCGGCAAGAAACCCGCGUAUAUGCGCCCUCCUUACCUCGAGACCGGGGGCAGCGUCACCUCCGUGAUGAAGUCCCUCGGCUACAACAUUAUCACCGACGACAUCGACACCGGCGAUUGGAAUGGUCAGACAGCUGCUCAGAGCCAGGCCAAGUUCCAGGCGGCUGGAGCCAGCGGAAAUGGCCACAUCCCGUUGAUGCAUGAGACGUAUUCUUCGACGGUCAAUGACCUCACCACGUGGUUGAUUAACUGGGCAAAGACCAAUAACUUGAAGAUUGUUACCGUCGGAGAUGCCAGCGGCGCGUAUCAGUCUGGGACCUUCCCUGGCAAUGGGCAAAACACAUGCUAG